UACUUGCUGUUACGUUCUAUAACUCCUUAGCUAGCUUUCUUUGUUCUUCAUCAUAAAGUCAAACUAUAACUCCAACUCCAUGAUCAUUAAUAUUACACUAAAAUUCUUCUGUUCUUUUUUAAUGUUCCGUCUCGUUUCCUAUUUGUUAGUAUCAUAAUGGGCAACACUAGUCCCUUGCCAAAUUAAAAAAAAAGCAACCACCUAUCCAUAUUUUUAAAUUUAUCUAUAUUUGAUUGACCAUUUUAUCACGGAUUUGUUUUUAUUUUAUUGACUCCGAUUUGGUAGUUUUUGACUAUUAGUUUUCUAUUAAACUAUAUCAACCUAAAGCAAAAUGGAUAAGAGUAAAGAAAAAGAGGAGCAGAGUAUCAUGGAUAAGUCCAUGAGAUCUGUUUUUGUUGGUAAUAUACCCUAUGAAGCAACUGAAGAAAAAUUGAAGGAUAUAUUUAGUGAAGUAGGCACCGUGUUAUCCUUCAAAUUGGUAUUUGAUCGUGAGACUGGUAAACCCAAAGGUUAUGGAUUUUGUGAAUAUAAGGAUCAAGAGACUGCUUUGAGUGCUAUGAGAAAUCUUAAUGGUUAUGAGAUUGGUGGCCGAUCCCUUCGAGUUGACAAUGCUUGUACUGAGAAAUCAAGAAUGGAGAUGCAGGCUCUGAUGCAGGGACCACAGAUUGAAAAUCCUUAUGGUGAUCCAGUAGAGCCAGAAAAAGCACCAGAAGCAAUUAGCAAAGCAGUGGCAACUCUUCCUCCAGAACAAAUGUUUGAGCUUAUGAAACAGAUGAAGCUUUGUGUUCAGAAUAAUCCAACUGAAGCUAGAAAUAUGCUACUACAAAAUCCCCAGUUGGCAUAUGCAUUACUGCAAGCACAAGUUAUAAUGAGAAUCGUGGAUCCUGCCACUGCUGUGAGCAUGUUACAUCCUAAUAAUCCAGUGCCUCCUGUUCUCCAGCCAGGUGACAAACCACCCCAACAGAAUCAAUAUAUUCCAAGUAACCCUCCACAAGCGCAACAACAGCUACCUUCAUUACUUAGCAAUCCAGUGCCACCUCCUAGUCAGUUUGUUCCUCGGCCAACGAUUGGCGAUGUCGAUCUCCGCGGGCAGUCACGCAGUGGUGGCGCGGGUAGUAGCGCUACCACAGGGCCUCCUGUGGCGGCGGCAGGGAACCCAGGGCCCGGCGCGGGAGUGGCUGCCGGGGCUACAGCGCCGCCGCCGCUGCUGGACCAGGACAUGCGUAGUCUGCCACCAAUGGUGCCGCACCCGGUGCCUCCACCGCCUGCAUCGAUACCACCUCACGCUCAAGACACAUCUACUCUAUCUACGGAGGUACACGAAAUAAGCUUCCCGCGGGACCCACGAUUGGCAAAUAUCCAACAGCCGUUCAACGCGGAUCCAAGGAUGCGAGCCAACGAUCCGCGAUCCCAGUCAAAGAUGUCUCAACAACAAAUGCCCCCCGGCAUGCCAAGCGUUGCGCAGGCUAGAACUAUCCAGGGUAUACCAUCUGGCGCUUCAGAUCAGGAGAAGGCGGCGUUGAUUAUGCAAGUGUUGCAACUGUCGGAUGAACAAAUCGCAUUGCUACCUCCAGAACAGCGUGCCAGCAUCCUUAUGCUCAAGGAACAAAUCGCUAAAAGUACCCAGCAGCGUUAGUAUGGGUGGUUCGAUAUUAUUAAGUAAAAUUUUAACUCAGAUUGUAAUAAAGUGUAUGUUGUAUUGUUUGUGAGUUUUUAUAAGCGUACAAUCAAUUGAUGUAAUUAAAAUGGACUUUAUUCGAA